UACACACACACACACACUGCGAUCCCCUCGCGGACCAAGGCCAUAAUAUCUAAAUCCAUUUUCAAAAUCUUUCUAUAUCACUCAUUUCUGCGUUGCUCUGUUCGUUUCAAUUCCUAGUUUACCAAUCAGAGAAUUUUCAUAUAAUUCAAGAAUGUGUGGCGGUACAGUACUUGGCUACAUCAUUCCGCGCAAUGGUAACCGCGGUGUCACCUCCACCGACUUCUGGCCCGACUCCUCCUCCUCCUCCUCCUCCUCCGGCCAAAAUGUCACUACCAGUUUCAAAACAUCUCAACCCCACAAAGAUGGUGUGCAUGAGGAAUUUUUACAUACAGAUGGUGAGCAUGAUGUGAAAGGCGCCAAGGGAAAAAGGCAGAGGAAGAAUUUGUACAGGGGAAUAAGGCAGCGACCCUGGGGCAAAUGGGCAGCAGAGAUUCGUGACCCGAGAAAAGGCGUUCGGGUUUGGCUGGGCACUUUCAAUACAGCUGAAGACGCAGCUCGGGCCUAUGAUAAGGAAGCUCGUAAAAUCAGAGGGAAAAAAGCCAAAGUUAAUUUCCCCAACGAGGACGACGAUUAUCAUUACAACAGAUUCAAUUCCAACCCUUAUAAUGAUAAACUGCACAAUGGGAAUAGUGGUGAUUUUAAUCGAGUGGAUCCAUAUAAUAAUGGGGUUUAUUCAAUGUUGAAGGCUAACCCUGUUGUGGAGCAUCCGAGUAAGGAAGUUUCCGUAACCGGGAACGGGUUGAAUUCGGGCUUGGAGGCGAUGACUGGAAAUAUUAAUGGUGGUAAAGAGACAGUAAUCAAGGUGGCCGAUGAGGCGACGACCGUGGCGGUGGCUGAGAAUGAACUUCGAUGACGUCUCUCAAAUCUGAGUCUGACCUCAGCAAUAAUUUUCAACUUCUGUUCUUCAAAAUUAUGGUGUAACUGACGUUGAUUAGUAGUCAAUUGUCUUUGAAACUCCAAAUUUAUUAUAGAUUGAAUUACGUUUCCCAUCCAAAAGCAA